AUGAAGCCGGGCAGCUCCGGUGCAGCAGAGAGAAUUUCCACGUCGCUCGCUUCUUCUUCCUGGAUGCGAAGAUGGAACGCAUGCAAUCGUCCUCCUUCAGAGCUUCAGUUUCCAGGACCGUCUUCUCUUUUUCCCAAACACACGCGGUGCCGAAUCGCGUGGCACGUCUUCUAUCUUUCUUCUCUCAACUCGAGGACGCAUGCGCAGUUUGCACUCCGUCUGUCCCCGCAGCUGAACCGAAGUUGCUCCGCGUCUCCUCUCUGCAGCGCUCUGUCCUUCACGUCUCCCAACUCUCCUCCUUCUUCUUCCCUCGUCGGGUUCGGAGUACGAAGCUUGAGGGUGGAAGCGCUCGCAGGUGAGGAUGGGAAAAUUUUCCAUUUCCCCAGCGAAGGCCAGAAAGGCUGUGAAGCCUUUUCAUGGCAUCCACGCCGAUCCGUGGCGUCUGCUCGCCGGGAGCGAGAGCGAGAAGAGAAAGAAGAAGAGAACGAAGACGAGUUGAAUGACGAGGACUCCACACGCGCGCUGCAGGAUGACGACGCUCUCCAGCUGAUGAAGCAGAUGGCGGAACCUUUUAAUCAGAGACCAGCUAGCGGAGGUCGACGGAAGAUGCAACCCCACGCCGUCCACGUCGUCCACGACCUCUCGAUACCAUCGAUUUCCUCAGCCUUGUCUCCUUCCUCUCCACCUUCUGCUUCCUCUCCACCUUCUGCUUCCUCUCCACCUUCUGCUUCCUCUCCUUCUGUCUCGCCUGCGUCUCGAUCGGCUUCUGGGGCGUCGGCGCCUCCGUCGCAGCCCGUGGAGAAAGCACGUGUUUCUGAUUCCGUUCCUCUUGGGGGUUCGAAAGCGGAAGCGCCGUCCGCCGAUUCCCAGUCGGACGCUCUCGCAGCCUCUCAGCCUUCUUCUUCAACUUCUCCGUCUUCGUCUUUUCCGGCUUCCUCCGUGAGCUACCUCACAUCUGACGGUUCUCUGGAAUCCGCAGCGUCGGCCGGGGCAGAUCGGGAAGACAACUGGGGCCGAUCGAGAACCCGCGACGAGAUGGCGCAGGACGAGACCGAGUUUGUCGUCGUGGAUGUCGAAAAGCUGAGACAGGAAACAAAACUCAUUCUCCUCCCCGUCCAAAAAGUGCUGCGAACGCUCGUCGACAAGUACCCAGGCAUGUACGUGUGGCGCGAUGGUUUCAUCCACACCGUGAAGCAGCUUCUUGCCUCGUCAGGUUGUUCCUCCGCCACUCUCGACGUUUCGGAUGAAGCUCUGAACCAAGCCUUUGAUUUUCUGGACAAAAGCAACAACGAAAUCAUUGACCUCCUCGAGGCAGUGCGAGGCCUACCUCAACUGUGCCGCGCAAGUCACGAAGACCGAAUAAAAGCUCUUUUUGAGCUUUUCGAUCGGCGUGGGAGUCGCCGCCUUCACUUCGACGAAGUCAUGGAGGUCUUCUGCUUCAUCUACCGAGUCAUCUUAACGCCGUCGAUGGUUUGCCAGCUGAAGGAGGCGUGUCUCGAUUUCACAACGAUCGACGAUCUCGCGCUGCACACAACGCAGCAGCUUUUCAGCCACCUUCGACAGCCAGGCGUUGCUCCGCCGUCUGCUCGGUCUUCUUCCAUUUCCUUCCGCCAUGGAUGCAGCUUCGAAUCUGCGUUGUCUGGAGAGGCAAAGGCGCGGAAGAACGCAAAUCCGGGCCAGAUCGACGGAGCCUUCCACAGUUCCUCGUCUGUCUUUCUCCGGCCCCCGUGGCGCAAUGCAGAGGACUUCGGGUGUAUAGACACUCGGCGCGAGCGCGCGAGGGCGGAAUCCCCGCAGACGACUCACAGACAUCCCCUGGAAGACAGUUUCGGCAGGCGCAGCGGAGUGGACGAAAGAAGCGAGCGAGGACCGACGCAGAGAGAGACUCGAGACCUCGGGCUUUUCUCCGAGGCAAGCGGGCCGUGGCAGCGAGCGCAGAAACGUCGCGACGAAUUUAUGUCCUACAAGGAAUUCAAGGAAAUCUGCGCCACGCUUCCGCCAAGUGUGGGCUUCUCUAGGUCUUCCCUCCUGGAACUUCCUUUAAUUGUUCUGGUCCGGGACGUUCUCGCGCCGCCGCGUUCCCACGUUGUGAUUCGCCGUCUGAGAAGAAACCCGGAGCUACACGGCGCCUUUGCUUCAGGCUAA